AUGGAAUAUUUUGUGGAUAUGCAAGGUUUUAAGAAACCAGAACUGAAACAAAAGUGGCUUAAAAGAUUUGACUUUAAAGUCACUAAAAUGACCGACUAUCCACCGUUUGAACUCCCAAGAUUGGUCACCGCUUGUUCUCAUCACAACGGAGCCUAUAAUUCAAUGUGUGCUCUUCAUAAUGUUAAGCUGAUUGGCGUGGGAACUGAGGCACCGGCCAGAUGCAACACGGUUGCGCAGGGUAUUUUGCAAUCUAGUUCAGAUCAGAAUUUCGCGAUGGGAUUUUUCACUCUAGUCCUGAAUGAGCUUACGGGUUGUCUACCUAAGGAGAAAGUUAUUCAAGGGCAUUGGCCUCAUAUUAAUGGGCUGACUUUAGCCGAUCCCCAAUUCGCAGUGCCCGCGAGAGUAGAUUGUAUUUUAGGAGCCGACGUAUAUUCCACUUUGAUUCUGGAUGGCAUAAAAAGGGGUCCGAUUGGGUCACCACUAGCUCAACAGUCUGUCUUCGGCUGGUUAUUGACUGGAGCCGUAUCGCCAUCGCCUGCGAAAGAUUCGCCCAAGUUGGUUCGCUCAUUUCAUGUGGUUGCGGAACCAUCACUUUCACAGCAGCUUGCGACGUUUUGGGAGAUUGAAGAGGUGCCUCGCAAGGUUCCUUUAACUCCAGACGAGGACUUUUGCGAGAUGCAUUUUUCGAGCACGCAUUUUCGCGAUGAGAAUGGGCGUUUUGUGGUCCGUUUGCCAUUUGCCAAGCGCCCUAAUUUGGUUGGUUCCCGCGAUCUAGCUGCAGCCUGUUUGCGUCAUUCUGAGCGACGAUUGCAGAAGAAUCCUCAACUCGCUGCUCGUUAUCAAGCAUUUAUGCUCGAGUACAUCGAGUUAGGGCACAUGGAGUUAGUUCCUCCUCAGCAAGUUCCGAACCCUUCGUAUUACCUGCCUCAUCAUGCAGUUGUUAAGCCAGACAAUCUUGAAAAAUUACGUGUCGUUUUCAAUGCUUCUCAGAAGGCUAAAAAUGGUCUUUCCUAG